AUGUUAACAAAACCCUUAUUAUCUCCUGGAUUCUACAAUAUAUUAAAUAAAUUUAAUGGAAAUUUAUAUAAAAAAUCGUUUUCUACCUUGAUUUUUACGAGUAAAUUAUCGCAACUUAAACCUUUCGAUCACCAAUCCAGUUCUCUACACAUUGGUUCAAAUUAUCAAAAUGUUUUAAUUUCAUCAGAUUUUAAUUUUAAUUUGAUAAGGUGCUGUGAUUUUCAACUGAAUUAUAAAAGCUUUUUUUCUACUAGAUCAAAUGUGACUACCAGACCAUUAUGGGACCUACACAGCGGAAUAAUUACAGAGUUGAUUGAGAGGUCGGAUUUUGUAGCUCUGGACGUAGAAUACACGGGGCUACAUGUGAAGGAUGAACGUUUUAUAGGAGUUGAUAAGUGCUAUGAGUCACACUCUUUGGGAGCAAAAAAGUUUAUUCCCUGCCAAAUAGGACUAACGAUGGCGAAAUACGAGAAUGAUCUUUGGAAACUGACCACAACAUCACUGUUUACGAUCCCAUCAGAAGGGAAGAGCUUUUCAGUUAACAUGUCUACGCUUAACUUUCUAAAGGAUAACAAUUUCGACUUUAAUAGUUGGAUAAGAGAUGGAAUAACCCAUCUGACACCAAAAGAAGAGGAGGAAAGGAAAUCGCUAAUAGUAUCGAAACUUCAUCAGAUACAGUUGAAUUUAAAGAAUUUGUCCGAUUCAAACGUUGAAAGCACCAGAAACACUAGUAAUGUGAAUACAGAAUACGAUGUUAGUAGUAUAAAGGAUUUAGAAGAUAGAAGAGUAGUGGAGCAAAUGAUAGAAAGGAUAAAUGAGUGGAUACUAGUGGAAGGCGAUGAGGGGAGAGCGCCGUUGGAAUUUGAAGUUGAAAGUGCCUUUUUAAGACUUCUAAUGCACUCUGUUAUCUCAAUCAAGUACCCAAAUUUGUAUAGUAACUCAUCUCAGAGGAACGGAGUUAGGUAUGUAAUGGUUUACAAGACUCAGAUGGAACUAUUAGAGGAGGAGCGGAAACUAUUGGAGGAAGAACUAGAGGCCAUAAAUAAGCAAGUAGGACUCAGAACACUAUUUGACAAGAUUUCCAAAAACAAUAAAAUACUUGUGGGCCACAAUUGCUUCUACGACAUUUUACACAUUUAUCAAACUUUCUACGGCGAUUUGCCUGAAAACGUAGAGGACUUCAAGAAGAAGUGGGUCCAAGUGUUUCCAACCAUUUUCGACACCAAAUAUAUAUCAGAAUAUUACCAACAGUUCACACCUCACACAACUCUAAAAUCUCUAUACAAUUCAUUCUUACCUAAUCAAAAUGUGUUAAACAGGUUUGAAAUAAGUUCCUUGGGCACUCGCGGAAUUGUUUGUGGAUACGGAAAUGUACUAAAUGAGGCCGAGAAAGAACAUGAAGCUGGAUAUGAUAGUUUAAUGACUGCAAUAGUAUUCAUACAUCAACUUGAGACUGUGAUUAAGAAUAAAAAUAGUUCAUUAAACAACUUAAUUAAGGCAUACCUGGACACAUCUAACACGGCAAACAGUAUGGGAAAGGUGAUAAUGAAUAUAUUUGGGGAAGUAGUGAAUUCAGUAAGAUUAGUGAAGUGUCAACCUUCUGUAAUAAAUAUGAAUAAUGAAGAGGACAUGUCAAAGCACUUUUAUAUGUUCGGGUUUCCAAACGUGUGGAAAAAGUGGGAAAUCAUGAAAAUAUGGUCUCCGCUCUGGGUUUCAAUCUCAUGGAUCGAUGAAACCUCUUGCUGGAUAAUCGCCAAAAAUUCAGAGGACGUAAAGAACAUCAAUUUAAUCUACAAAAUGAUGAAGAAUCCACAGUUCAAACUCUAUAAUUAUGGACAAUAUUUGGAAAAAAUCAGUCAAUCAACAAUUUAA